CUACGACGCCCAUUGCGGCUUCGAAAUUUGAGGUUCAACUUUACCUCGAGGUGCCAAGGGACGUGGUUUUGCUGCUGGAAACGUUGAUGACUUUCCGUGGCUCGCAAGACUUCCCAUGCCACAGCAGUUCAAGUAGUUCCCAUCUCUUGUCUCUUAAAAAAUGCAUUCCGUGCGCAUGAAAUCUUCAGACUCCGAAUGCUGUCAAGUGCCCCUUAGGCCAGGAUGUCUUGCAUGCCGCUUCCGUCGCAGCUUUCUCUAUCUCAUCCGGGGUUUGAUCUGCAUCGGGUCGACAGUGGAAGAUGGCGUCUCAGGCAAAUGCAUCUUCCAGCCACCGCUGCUGCGACUUGCUGAAGGAGUUGUUGAAGCCCUUCUUCGGCCGCCGGACUCCAGCAGCACCACCGGCACAGUCCGAGUUAGGUUCGACUCUCUUGGAAGAACCUGUGCCAGCAUGUCAGCGUGAGCUGAAACAGAUGGUUGCAUCUGUGACGGAGGCACCAAACCAGCCGCAGCAGAUGCCGCAGGUGCUGCCGCAGGUGCCGCAAGUGACCCAAGAGCCGCAACAGCAGGUGGCAGAGGUGGCAGAGGUGGCAGAGGUGGCAGAGGUGGCAAAGGUGACAGAGGUAGCACGGCGUGCUUAUGUGCCGAAACCGCCACGUGAGGGCCCGCCAUGUUUGAUAAACUGCUUGAGGGCGCUCCGCGCAAACCCCGGGGAUGUACAGAUGGCCCUCGCAGCAGCGGAGGAGCCGAAAAAUGAUUUCUUCACCUCUGCCAUCAUCCUCGGCGGCCCAUCUGGUAUGCCGAAAAGACCUCUCCUUUGCGUCGAAGUGACGCAACAAACCAUAGAGUGCGAGGGAAGCACGCCCUGUUGCGGUGUGGCGAUGCUGACGCUCGAGUUCGAGCAGCUGGAGGAGACGCUGGCCAAUUGGCCAGAUCCAAAAGACCAUCCUCAAGAGCUUGAGCAGAUGGAGAAAGAGCAGAAGGAGCUGAUGCUCAGCUGCGCUAUGCUGCGAAGAUUGCUGGGGCUGAGAUUCGUAGAGUCACACGCUGGAGCUGAGAUGAUUUGA